AUGUAUAGUUUAGUAAACUCAAACUAUAACCGCACUUACAAUCCAAACGGCAAACAAAAUGCUUUGUCUGACUUAAAAAGACUGCUCACAUCCAGAGACAUAAACGCUCAAAGUAAAGCUUGUAGUUAUUUGAUAGAAGUUCUAAGCCGAUAUGAGAAAAAUUCCGAGGACAGAAUUCAUUUAGUGCAAUAUUUGCUCGAUAAUGACAUAACAGUUUUCUUGUCUGAAGUAACUUGUAAUUUGGAUAUUAAUUUAUUAAGGUCUGUCUUGCAAUGCUUACGACUCGUCUCGUCUAUGCCAAGUUUCUUUAGCGAGGACCAUGCACCUCACGCUAUGUCUGCUGUCUUGCGUGCUAUGAACCACUUUCUUGCAACCAAUCUAAACGCAGUGGAAUCUUGCUUACAUUUCCUUUGUGAUUUAUUAAACGGGAUUAGAGCAAACAAAACAACAUCACCCCUUACCCACCAAAGCGCUUACAGCACUGAUCAGUUGCUCGCUACAUUCAGCACUUUAGCUACUCGUAUUAACGUUAUAGCUGAUGGCAAAAGUAUUUUAUCUUGCGCUUUAGUGCUUCAAGAGCUGAUUUCCUAUCAGCCCGACGAUCUAACUAUACCGAGUAGUAUAGCCAAGUAUUUAGUAGAUGUGGUAAAGAAAUGGUUGGAGUUAUUAUUGGCUGGGUUGAAUCAUAUUGCGUUAGAUGGUAAGGCGGACGAACUUGGAAUGCUCUUCGUCGUUACAUGCCAAAUAGGGAUGGAUUGUUUAGGACUAGUAAAUAUUUUCGAGCAAGCGAAACCUCCAACGGCAUUCGUUACCAAAAUCCUUGCGGAUAAUCAAGAGAUUGAUAAUUUAAAAGAUUGCUCAAAAUUUAUGAAACUUCACAUACAUCGAACGCUCAAUGAGAUGGUGAUAUUUGUUAAGGAUAACAUACAAGAUUUAGCAACUGAGGUAUACAGUACAUUCAUCAAAUUGGUUUUAAAAUUUUACCAAAAAAUAGACUCCGAAACGUUGUUCGAUUUUAGCGAACUUUUGCUAUCCAAGGGGUACUUGGCCAUACUACCUCAAGUACAAAUACUAAGAAACGAUAUAACAGUGCGAAAAGUAAGCACAUUGGUACUUGGUGAAUUACUUAAAGUUCUCGCUGAGAAAUAUUUAUACGUGCAAGAAACAAACUGUAAGGAAAUAUGUUCUAAGGAAAUUCAUAUGGGUCUGAUUGAACUUCAAAAUGGAUUAGAAAAACCGCAAAGUAUCGGACUACAGCUGCAAAAGAAUCACCCUUAUACAUUAUUGAUUUACAUUUACUUUUACUGCCAGUCCACGGAGAACCCAGAAUCAGCUACCGCUCCUUUACUCCCGAAUCUAGUGCAAUAUAUUUUACGUUUACCGAAUACGUUCAAGCCUCCGUCCUACAUAAUAAAGGCUCUUUGGCUAGUUUUUGCCAUGUCGACUAUAUCGAACGGUUCUUUAGAGUCGUUAGACCAAAGAGUCUACUUGGAGAAGGCAUCAGAUCGUCUAGUGUCCAUGUUACAGCCGGAGCCAGCUGCGUUUUAUACCCAUAACCCAGCUAUUUUAUUCUGGGCUUUCACGUCGUUACGGAGUCCGCAGAAUAUAAGAUUUGUUGUGUUUUGCCAAUGGCUUAAAACUGAAACAACAUUACCUGAAGAGAUAGCUAAGGAACCGUUAGUAUGGGAAUUACUCUUAGAUGUAAUUUUACAAUCGAAGGAUGCCAAUAUCGUAGCGAAUUGUAUGAAAGCCCUCUCCAAUUGUAUGGAGAACGGUGAUAAUGAGUUAAAAGAGGAAUUUGGUGGAAUAAUAUGGGCUAUGUUACCGAAAGUAUUGUCUAAAACUUUAAUUGACUGUGAAAAUGAAAUUGACACAAACAUAUGUCACAUACUGGACGUAGCAAUAAGUGUACCUCCAGCCGAGUUAGACCAAAGUAUAUGUUACAAAACAGCUGUACUAAUCACCUCGCUAUAUUCUAAAACAAUAUCUGAAGCGAUUGAAUAUGAAACAAAAUGUCAAUACAACUACGUUUGCUUGAACGUAAGUUUACUGCUUUUGAAGUUUUCCUGUGACAAGAGUGAAUCAAAAGUGAUCCUCACAUUCACAAAUAAGCCAGUGUUUUUGACAAAUGUAAUAGCAUCAACAAGUAGUGCGGACGAAGAAGUCGCCUGCGCAGCUUUACGACUACUUUCAUACCUGGUCCAUUACUACCACAAGAAUAACUACCAACCAAAAUCCUAUCUUCAAAUAAAAACAGAUUUCAUUGUAAGAUCUCUCCGCUUGGACAACUCUAAUGAGCAUACAAUCACCCUACACCAAUUUAUACAUACAGUACUGGCUUCCGGUUUUAACACCCCUAUUAUACUCACUACUCCUGCACAGGACCAACAAUACGAUGCGUUUAGGGCUUUGAUGUUUAGAGUUCAAAUUACUUUAUGUAAUACGGAUUCCAAGAAUAGCACAUCAACUGGAUGGACAACACUUAGCACUAUAUUCCGUCACGCUAUAGUUUACAAAAAUGAUCCCGACUUAGUUGCUAUACUAACUUCCCAACCAUGGAUAUUUACGCUUAUAAGAUUUCAAGUUGCCCAAGAAAUUACAUUGGAGUUUAUUAAUUUUCUUAAAAACUGGUUGAACCUAUUUCAAAUUGCAAUUAAAAAGGGUAAAGAAGAAAGAAAGUGUCGUUUAUCGAAUUAUGGUCUAGUUCCUCGUACUAUGGCGUUGUUGAAAAAGUCGUUAGGCGAAGAUUACUCCGAAACAUCGAAGGUAGUUGAAGAUAUUUUGGAAGAAUGUUUUAAUAGAAAGUAA